UAAAUAUUUAUGUUUUAAGCGGCGUAAACAGCAUCACAUGACUGUGAAGUGUUUAAUCAGUGAGGAGGGCCGCCAUAAAUAACUAGCUGGUCCCAAGUUGUCCUUGCAUUUGUAGCUCCAACUCUAUACCAGGGAAGAUGAAGGCGUUCACUGGGAUAUGUGUCAUUUUGGCACUUAUGGUGUCUGGCGAGGCUCUAGUUCGUGUCCCACUACACAAGUUUCAGAGUGCACGUAGGACUCUGCAGUCAGUUGGCACCUCGAUUGACAUGCUGAAGGCACGUUAUAUCGUUGGUGGACCAGAACCACUGUCCAACUAUCUGGAUGCUCAAUAUUAUGGUCCCAUUACCAUUGGCACCCCAGGCCAAGCCUUCAAAGUGGUGUUUGACACUGGUUCUUCUAAUUUAUGGGUGCCAUCCAAGAAAUGUCACAUUACUGACAUAGCUUGCUGUAAGUUAUCUCUUGUUGUAGGUUUUAUUUAGAAUUUAAUCUUGAUU